CCGAUUUGCUUCGGGGGCGAGCUUCCGGCUCAUUCUUAGGACAAAGGAGGUCCAGUAAACGGUUGAACAAAGUGUCGAAGAAAAGUGUUUGGAUACCUGGGGUAUCGAGGGCGAGUGGUGGUUUCAAAGACGAGCAGCGCAAGACGAAGAGAGACACGCAGAGAGAAGCACGAGGUGGGCUUGGCAUUUCCAUUUGUGGACUAGCGUCUGCCUUAGGCUAGGCAGAUGCCGUAAGCGCUCUGCUUGCCAUAACCAUACGUGACAACGAUACAGCACGUGCCGUCACUUCUAACCGCUAGAUCUACACGCAACUUUCUUGAUCUUGCGGUUACAAUUGGUAUCGAACGGUAUCAGCGAGGCAGCUCGGCGAAGACGGUCUCGUCGCAAGUUGAAGCUCGGGGCGACGGGCUCUCUUCUCUCUCCUCAGACACAAUCCAGUCGCGAGACGCAGUUCACUCUCGUAUCGGAAUCAUAUCGAUCUGAAAGGGGGCCAAAGGCACCAGGACACUCUCUCCGGCUGCAACAGCUGGUUCCGAGUACAUACCUUGCGAAUAGGCUCUCGACCAACCUACCCUCCGCCCUCCUUCGUCUACCGCGCUCCAUCCUCCCCUCCUCGCUCCUCCCAAACCACCCGGAAACGCUUCCAUCCAUUCGCAUACCCCUCGUCCGUCAUCCAGUUUGCAGGAUUCGACUCCUGCUGACUGGAUUGCAUUCGAUCCGAUCUCUUUCCUCCUCCGCGGGUUGCGGCGCGACUCCCUCGGCGCCUUUGUCGACCCGCCGCCUCGACGCUCAAAACCCCCUCAACUCGCUCCGCCGCGACUGACCUCGCCUUCCUCGUCGGCCAUCUCCUCCGCCCGUCCUCAAUCGUCUCUCCAGCAUCGCCGCUCAUCUCACGGCCCUGCGUGCGCACGUUCUGCCACCAGGAAUGACACUCCUUUCCUCUGCGACGGCCUCUCGCUAGUCCGUGUGGUCCAACAUCCCCGCUUUGCACCCACUUCGCCGCAUAGUCGCAUUUCGUCGUCGUACCUUCGACUUUUUCCCUCCAAACCAUUUCCGCGCCCGACGCUCGUCGGAAUCUGCCAAAGAUGAUGAGUGCAGCAUCUUUCAUGAUGCCUCUGGGCGAGCGUCCUCCGCAAUACCGAACUCCGUCACCUCCGCGACGCGCCGUCGAGCCCAUCACACCGUCGACCGCUGAUUUUCGAACAUCCUGCGCCGAGCGCGGUAUUGCUCGGGCUGCCAGCCUCGAUCACGAUCAACGCCCGUCAAAUCAUGCCCGGAUUCCCCCGGCGGAUGCUGGAUCUCAUCACCGGUCGGGUCAUGGCCGGUCAAAUUCGACUAUCGACACGCUUGCGACGAUUGCCCUCGCAACAAGCCCUACCUUCGCGCCUCUCCCACCUCGCCCAUCCUCUCCUAAUUCUCGAUCCGCUUUCCCCUUAUUUCCUCCCGAGCCUCAAAAUGCCGAACGACCUGCGAAACGGCCUCGAUCCGAGCGAGAUCCAUCACCGUACCAUUCUUCCUCCUCCUCCCGAGCGAUACCACCGGUCAACAAUCCUCAGCCAUCGACUUUAGAUAGCAUGAAAACGGAUGCAGAGCUCUUGCUCAACUUUGCCCGACCGACGACCUUCCAGCCCAGCGGCCACCACACGAAACGAGUCAGUAUCGACGAAACCUAUCACCACCACAACAAUCUCUACGGAGGUGACUCGAUUCGACACAAUCGAGUCGGAUUUUCCUAUCUCGAGCACGGUGGCCACUCAGAGGAUACGAAGUUCGCAUAUCACCCGACGGAGGAUCACAUUCCGCAGUCACGUAUGAGGUCGCGUUCCGAUGGAUCGGCGUUUAUCUCGCGCCCGGCUAUCCGUGGCGUGCGGCCCACCACGAGCGCCGGUACGCUACCCUCCAUCGUUUGGGAAGAAGACAACGAAGACGGCGCUUCGUCGACGGAGGUGUCCCGUUACGCCGGGUACGGAGAAUACAAAUCCAUUGGCCCUCAGCAGGACGCCCAUAGUUCCCAUCAAACAAUGGACGUGACACCCAAAGUCGAAGAAGAGGAUGACCCGAGUGAUUCAAAUCAGGCAAGCUGUGCCGCUUGUCAUAUGGUGCGGAUUCCAAUGGAACCAGAAGAACAGCAAGAAGAAGAUACGUGGAUUGGCUGCGAUGGAUGCAAGCGCUGGUUCCACAUCGUCUGUGCCGGGUUCAAAAACGAUCGAGAAGUCCGCACUGUCGAUAAGUUUAUCUGUCGCAACUGCCGAUCUGUCCAUGGGCAAACAACCUUUGUGCGCAAGUCCUCCCGGGCUCGGACCGCAAUUGACUAUGCUGGUCUCAACCAGGGUGUGGUGAAGGCUGCUUCGGAUACGAUGGAGCACCAUUACCUCGAGCCCAUCCGCCAAGGCAAAAUUCGGUUCCUCCCCGAAAACUUCCCCAGAAUGAAGCCAGAGCUCGUCACGGCCGAAUACUUCGAACGGGGAAAUGGGUGGACGGAACCAGUCGUGAUACCUGCUGCUUGGAAUACUCGGGAGCCUGUUCCGGAGGUGGACGCAGACUUUGAGUCUCUCGUAAAAGAAGCCUCCACUCAGGAAAUGUUCGACGACUUGCUUGAGCACCUCGACGAACACGAGACGCGCCUUCGGGAAACAGUUGACUGUGGACAGGAUCAGCUGGAUAUGGUUAUUCCGCAAGGGCUGACCGUUCGUGCUGUGGCUGAGCUCUACGGCCCCGAAGAACGAGUCGAAGUAAUCGAUGUCAAGUCACAACAAGGAGAGGAAAAGAGGUGGAACAUGCAGAAGUGGGCCGAUUACUACGAGAGCAACGAGCCUGACAAGCCAGUGCGGAAUGUCAUCAGUCUUGAGGUCUCGCAAAGCAAACUAGGCAGGCUCAUCAAGCGACCCAAGGUCGUGCGUGAUCUCGACCUUCAGGACGCAGUUUGGCCCGAAGAGCUCAAGGCCAUUGGCGAUUACCCCAAGGUUCAGUUCUAUUGCCUCAUGUCCGUGGCCGACUGUUAUACCGAUUUCCACAUCGACUUUGGUGGCUCUUCGGUGUACUAUCACAUCCUCAAGGGGAAGAAGACAUUUUUUUUCAUCCCUCCAAAGGACAAGCAUCUCAAGAAAUACGAGGAGUGGUGCAACUCUCCUGCGCAGGAUUCGAUAUUUCUCGGGAAUCAGACAAAGGAAUGCUAUCGCGUGGAUCUGUCAGAGGGAGAUACUAUGUUGAUCCCAUCGGGCUGGAUCCAUGCCGUCUGGACCCCGGAGAACAGCCUGGUGAUCGGUGGCAACUUCCUGACCAGACUCAACUAUGGCAUGCAAAUAAAGGUGCUCAACAUUGAGAAGGAAACAAAAGUGCCCAAGAAGUUCCGCUAUCCUUUCUUCCAAAAGAUUCAAUGGUACACGGCUUUGCGCUAUUUGGAGGAUGAUCCUCUUCCCGCGAAUGUCAUGGAUGCAUUUGCGCAGGAUGACAACUAUCGAUUCCACCGGCAUUACCCUAUUUACUAUGAGUUUGGGGAACUUGCCAAUCAAGAGCCUGCAGGGUCACCAUACUUCAACGCUCGAUUUUACUCUCAGGCCGAGCUGGAGGGACUGCCCGAACUGACUAAGUAUCUCUUACGGACAGCACUCAUCGCCAGCUCGUAUAAUGUGGAGGGCGUCACCGUGGAUACUCGCAAUGCAGUCCGACGGUCCAUUCCGAAAGGCGUGGGUGACCCCGUGGACAUGAUCAGGAAGUUUGGUAUUUGGGUUGCGUGGAAGCGCGGCAACGAGAAGGCACCGCAAUGGACUCAUCCGGGCGCCAUUGAAUCGAAUCCCAAGGUUUCUCUCAAUGAGAAGAAGUCUGCUGGGCGUCCGAGCCGACGAUCCGAACGUAAUGUCGAUAGCCAGCGCACCUAUGCCGAAAGACAAGCAGUACAGCGCCCAUUGGAUGAAGUUGCUACACCACCUGCCCCUCCAGUCAACAACCCCCCCCUAGUUUACCCGCCAACUGAGAGUGCCACACCGGUACCGGCUGCUUUCCUUCCCGAAUUUGUCGCUCGAGAGUCGACAUCCGCGUCAAAACCGCGACCUGCUCCGCGCGGAUCUGGCUUGGGGCCCAAGCGCGUGGCCUGUGAUGCAUGUCGUCGACGUCGUAUUCGUUGUCGUCACAAGGAUGAGCCGAAUGACUUGGGCAUACUGGGUGGACAGUUAGGCAUGAAUGGUUUUGGUCCUGUAUCAGGGUUGAGCACUCCGUCCUCUCUGGCGCAGGACGCCGUUACUGCGUUGAACUCACUGGCGGCUAUUGCUUCUCAGGCUGGAUUCCAGAGCAACGGUGUGGUUGGCUUUGAUCGAUUCGAUGGCUCGGGCAAGUUCCACUCCGCAGUCAUGAGCACGUCAACGGCUGCUGCCAAUCGCCUCAAUGACUUGAGCCCCGAUGGAGUCAAUGGUGGAAAGAAGGGACGAAGCAAGGCGUGUGAUGAUUGCCGGAAGAGCAAGCGUCGUUGCAUUCAUGACGAGUACGGUAGGGUUGAUCCGAUCAAGGCUCAAGAACGCUCCAAGCCCCGUGGAACGGCCUCUUCAAAGCGACCUCGACCCAACGAGGACGAGGCUGCUCCUACACCAGCCAAGAAGACCAAGCAAGAGAGCGCGUCUCCAAUCACGCAUCCUAUGAAUUUCGAGGGGUAUGCCGCUACUGCAGUCUCGCAUGAUGUGCCUGGCGCUGGCGUUGCCGCGUAUGAUGCUGUAGGCCACGUUCAAACCCAGCCCAGCAACAUCACCGAGGUGGUGACCGUCGGCCAAGCCUUGUAUGCAUCGCCUCCAGUCCUCCAUGUCGAUUCGGUCGACCUCAAAGAUGCAAGUUCCUUGUCCGUCUCUUCCAAACCUACCACAUCAUUGGUGUCACCACCCACGUCGCUGGCCGACGAAAUGGACGCGGUGCACGACGGCGAACUGCUCGCAUCAGUGGAGGGCGAGGUAACUACUGCCCUUCACACACCAAACUCCAGCUCCCGCCAUUCAUCCCGCCAACCUCGACAUAUCGAGCGGUUUAUCACAGAAGCUGCCGCCCCUCGUGCCUCGAAACCCGCAAUGUCAUCCACCGCUCGCCGGACUACUCCUGGCCCCUCAUCCUCGGCUAGGAAACCGUCCUCCCGCCCUUCUUCAUCCCAUGCCAAGAAGAGCUCUCCAAUGGUCGAGAAACGCUUUGACCGGCAUGCCACCACUUCCUUGUCUCCCCACCAAUCCAAACAUGCCAAGCAUCGCAUCGAGGAUGACGCCGAUGCCGAGAGUCUCCGCCUGAUCCGCGAGCUCCAAGAAGAGGAGUUUGGACUCAGGCGAAGACGUGGCUGAUGGUGAUGAUAGCCGGAAUUUGGCUUCUGUCUCUUUCAUACUUUCUUUCAUUUCCCUUUUUACUGGUCCUUUUUGUCAUCGCGAUGGGUUUAUUCAGGAUAUCAUUCUAAGAACUGGGUCUGGAAAUUCGGAGUUUACAUAUCUACCCCUUGCUUUUCCAGGCGUUCUCAUUAAUUAGGUUUUGGUUGGAGUUCUAUGGGAGUUUCUUGUUGAGUCAUUGAUGAUACUUACAUUCUGAUUGCCUGCUUGCAUGGGCCUUUUUUUUCUUUGAUCGGGCUAUGGCCUACUGGCUUGUCUUGUGCGGACUUUCAUUCUCUUUUGUUUUUUUGAUAAUCUAUUCCAGAUUUUAUGUGGAUUUUCAUUUCUACCUUAGGCCAUCGUGUUUAAGUUUGUAAUCUGGUUUCUCUAUUUACAGUGUGUGCUCUGGAUAUGACUGUCA